AAAAGCAGAGCAGAGAACAUCCUCUCCAGCCUGCUGCCAACAUGGACCAAGAAGUGGUGGGGAGCUUUGUCCUUCUGGUCAUUGUUACUCUUUUAAGUGCCAUCCAAAAUGCCUUUUUUGCAAGCAAGGUAGAACAUGAAAGCAAGAACCACACAGGCAAAAGUCUUCAGCGCGCUGGACCGUCUGCCUUUGACCGUGUCUUCACUGCCAACCAAAACUGCAGAGACGCCUACCCUACCUUCCUUGCUGUGCUUUGGUGUGCUGGUUUGCUCUGUAGCCAAGUUCCUGCUGCAUUUGCUGGAUUGAUGUACUUGUUUGUGAGACAGAAGUAUUUUGUUGGCUAUAUGGGAGAAAGGACACAGAGCACGCCUGGUUACAUUUUUGGAAAACGCAUCAUAUCGUUCCUUUUCCUUAUGUCUAUGGCUGGAGUCCUCAACUAUUACCUAGGCCUCUUUUUCGGAAGCGACUUUCAGACAUAUAUAAAAACAGUGACCAGUACCAUCUCUCCGCUGCUGCUUAUUCCUUAAAUCUCUGCAGCAAACAGGUGGAAUAGGUGGACAGAGGAUGGAAAAGAUCAGGGUGCUUAGCCAAUUGAUUUCCAGAAACAGAUUUUUGAAACGAACCUGAAAAGCUCCUUUUGGAUUGCCAUAAAUCUAACGCUCUUUAGGGCUUUGUAGUUUUGAUUUAACACUGCUUUUUCUCUGCAAGAAAAUUAUUUAUGGCAAGCACUUGACAUGUCUUUGGGAGAAGAGUAAUAUGUCCCAGUAAAUUGUACGGCCCCUCUCUGUAAAUGGUAACUUGCUUGGUUUGGGUCACUGAAUUGUUAAGUGUAUGAAAAAAUGU